AUGCAAUUUAGCUGCGUGCAGUGGCGUUAUCAGCAGGAAUCACCCCCGCAGCCGCUAAACCUCACGCGCAUGGACUUUUCCUACCUAGCUGCCAAAAUCCAGCUGGCGGCGGGUGUGGCGCUGCGGCUGCAAGGGCUGGAGGUGUGGCGGGCGUUAACGCGCAUCUCAGCGCAUUUGGACUUCAUGGCCGUCAGCCGCGGCGCCCUCGUAACCCUGGAGGCAACUUCCGCAGCCUACCGCGAAUCGAAGGAGGAGGAAGCGGUGGCGGCGGUGCUGUCAGUAGCGGUAGUGGUAAUGGUAGUGGUGGUGGGGGACGUGUCGUACUUAACGCAGGUUUUGGACUCUGCCCUGGCUAACAACGGGGGUUACACAAUCAGGUGCUGGGGGCUGAUGGCGGGUGGGACUCAAAGUGGGUGGGGGGUUGAGACGCUGCGUGCUGGGUUGCGUGUGACCUGCCGUGGCGGCCGGUACGUCAAUUCGUACAUGGCCUGUGAUUGGACGGUGGGCCCGGACUGCGUGGCGCAGCGCGGCGCGGAACGGGUUGGCUUCGAGGUGGCGGUGACGGCGACAGCGGUGGCGUCGGCAGUACGGCACUUGCAGCACCAGUGCCGCACCGAACGCGUAAAGCCCGUGCGGCAGGUGCUCGUACAACGGGUCUUGGAGCCCGUGGAAGCGUUUUUGCAAGAGCCGGAGAGGGUGGAGGCGGUACGGCGUCAGCUAGCGGCCAGUCGACAGGCGGUAUCCGUACAGGUUCUGGGGCUGAUUGGUCAUGGUUCUUUCGCACGCGUGUAUAAAGGCAUCUGGCAGGGUCACGUGGUGGCGCUCAAGGUGCUGAUCUUGCCAGCCUGCCUCACGCGGGACGAGCGGCUGCAGCACAUCGCCGUCAUGGAGGCGGCCGUCAGCUCCGCGCUGAGCCACCCCAACCUCGUGCAGACGUACAGCUACAGCUUCCGCGCGAUAAUGGAUUCCACGUUAGGAACGAGCAGUAGCGCCACGAGCGCCAACGACCAACAGAACGCCAGCACCGGCGGCGGCGGCGCCGCCGGCAACGGCAAUGGCAACGACGGCGGCGGCGGCGGCAAACGGUCCGUCACCGUCUCCACCGUACCGACGACGACGCGUUCGCGGCGGACUGCCGAAGAGUGCGAGGCGCAUGGUUACGAGCUGCAGCUCGUAUUGGAGUAUUGCGACCUGGGUACGCUGCGUCAGGCUCUGGACAGAGGCGCUUUUCACAGGAACCUGGCGGCGGGUGCGUACCUAGGAGGGGGCGGCGGCGGCGACGAUGGUAGAGAGGGCGGUGGCGGCGGCGGCGGCAGGCCGUCCUGCGGUACGACGGACUCCUCCAUCAGCACCGCCGCGUACGGCCAUGGUCCCCCGCCGUCGGCCCUCCAGGGCACAAUAGAACCGGGCGGCGGCGGCGGCCCCGGCGGCGACACCACAGCAGCGGCCGCAGCCCCAGCGGCCGGCUUACAGCAGCCUUUGGGCGCCGAGAACUCCUUUCAAGGCACCACCAUGUGGUUUCGAGACGCGCCUGUCGGAGCUGGCGGCGGCAGCGGCGGCGGCGGCGGUACGACAUCCAGUCCCGCGACUGGUGUCCCAGCGCCCAGUGUGGUGGCGGCGCCGAGCAGCUUCGAGCAACUGCUGGACACGGGCGUCGUAGCCAAGGUGUCUGACUUCGGCCUAUCGACCCACGUGGAUGACCGUUUGGAGACGCACGUGUCCGCCGUCACGGCACAGGGCACGCUGACGCACAUGUCUCCGGAGCUGAUGCUGUACGGCCAUAUCUCCCGUCACCAGGACACGUACGCAUUCGGCAUCAUGCUGUACGAGUUAUUUACGGGGGAGAGGGCUACCGCGGGAUGUCCAGGGCGCUGCUACCGCACCAGGUGGCGCUUCGGGGCGUGCGUCCCGUGUUCUCGCCUCACACGCCACCCGACUACCGGAAUCUGGCGGAGCGAUGCUGGCAAGCCGACCCCAAGAAGAGGUACAUGA